AUGCUCACCAUAUCCAAUGCUUCAGUGAACAAAAUAGAUCCUAAGCUCAAAUACUUUAAACACUUAAAGUAUCUGGAUCUGUCUAACAACAACGUUCAGAUAUCUUCAAUACCUAGUCUGAACAGUUUGGAAGAACUCAAGCUUAGUGCGAAUAGCUUGAAGAGAGUUAACAUUUCAGCACUGCCGCAUCAAAUUAAAGACCUAGACUUAUCUAACAAUCUCUUAACCGAGGUUCCAAAAGACAUUAGAGCCUUACAGUCUUUGAAGACCUUGCAUCUACAGAAGAACCCUAUCGACUGUGACUGCAUGAAUGUUAUAAUGUACGAAACUCUAUUGAAGAGUGGAGUUAACAUACCCGAACCUGUGAUGUGCCAUUCUCCGAAAAAAUACUCUGGGAAAGAUAUCAGUACUGUGAAUUGCACACUUGGAGAUGUAAUGCUCAACGAUGAUUAUGAAGGCUCCGGGGCUUCUGAUAUAUUUGAAGAUAGUCCGAUCAGUAACGUACCAUUUGUACCAGAGGAAGAAGACGUUAUAGUAGAUAAUAACACCAUCAUAGACGACAGAUUACCAGAAGAAGAACUCAUCAAGACCCAGGGUCCAGAAAAUGUUUUGGGUCCAGUGAUCGAAGAAGAAGGUAGCGGUGAUGAGGGUAGUGGGUACAUCAUGCUUCCUGAUAGUGGCAUUCUAGGCUGCAUAGAAAAUUGCAGCACACCAGGACCAGUAGGAACACACGACGAAGCCUCUGCUUCUGCUCCUCCAAGUGUGGUGGAUCAAUUCGGAAUGCUCUGGGAAGACAUCAAUCCCUUCAAAGAGCGAGAGGAGUCCACCAAAGUUAGCUCAACUACAUCUCAUCCAAAAGACUUCGCUAAAGAGCCUAGGAUGUUCAAGGAAACUGUGCCAACGAUAGAAAAAAAUUCCGUUAAAGACGAGGAUGUAGAAGUUGUUAGUAACAGAACGCAAGCCAAAGAAAUGGAGAGGGCUUCUGUAGCGCCACAAAACUCCAACGCAGUGUACGCUAUUGUUGGUAUUGGCGUGUUCCUAGCCUUUGUGUUUUUGAUAUGUUUUAUUAAAAAGCGCAAGACCAGCCGGAACUCCAAGCACAAACGUCAAAUUCCUCAGCUGGGUGAAGAAAUGAAACCUCUCACCAAACCCCUCAUUCAAGCUGUCAACGAAAAGCCUUCUAAAAAUAUUCCUGAGCACAUUCCUUUGAUCAACGGUCAAAAUGGUAAGCCAAAAAACGAUGCUCCGCUGUUGACAUCCUUCACACCUCUAGCUCAUCCUGAGUUUACCAAAGAAGGCGAUCUACCACAAGACCAAGACCAUGACGAAGUAGAGAUGCGCACCAAAUACCAGCCGGAGUUGCUUACUCCGCAACGGGAAAGAGUAACCAUCCGGGAAUCUGAGAUUCCAGAUUCUAUCCCAAAGACCCCGUUGUUGGUCCAUCGUCAGAAAAAUAGUGAAGGUGAAAUUGUUACUACGGUAGUUCCCUGA